AUGAUUUGGUAAACUUGGCUUUUCUUGUCGCUUUUUGCAAACGAAAUCUUGUGAAAUAACCUUUUCAGCUAAGCUUUUCUAUCAAAAAGGCUUUAAAUUAUUAUAAAUACUUAGCCAUGGAGAUUGACAAUGAAAAUGUAGUUCAAGCUGUGGUGAUAAUGGAUAAUUUCAAUAAUAACUUUAAUCCAAUAACCAAGACUUUGGGUCUUUUCCCCAUGGCUGGAGUUCCACUUGUGGAUUAUGUUCUAGAAUCACUUGCCCAAGGAGGGGUCGGUGAAACAAUCUUAUUCUGUUGUGAAAAUGGAUCCAAAAUUAAGGAGUACAUCAAGCAAAGCAAAGACAACAAGGCCCCGUGGAGUCUGACUAUGGAUGUGCAGGUGAUGAUGUCAGAGACGUGUCAGACCAUGGGCGAUGUGAUGCGGGAGAUCGAUGCCGCCGGCCUCAUCCGAGGGUUCUUUAUACUGACUGGAGUGAACAGCAUCACCAAUAUCCCAUUUGCUUCCUUGCUGGAGCAGCAUAAACAAACCUGUAAAAAGGACAAGGGGGCGGCCAUGACCCUGGUCUACAAGAAGGUGGCGUGGAGGCACCCCCUCAUCAGUUCUGACAAGACCAUAUUCCUCGCUGCUGAUGGAAACACCAACAAAGUGCUGAUGCACCGCAAGUACAAGCCCAAGUCUACUGAGAAGUGUAUAUCUUUGCCUUUGGAACUAGUCCUAAACCACUCGGAAGUCAAACUCCACCACAACCUAGCCGACGCGAACGUGGCGCUCUGCUCCGCGUCCGUGCCGCCACUGUUCUCCGACAACUUCGACUUCCAGACGAGGGACGACUUCGUGCACGGCAUCCUCAUCAAUGAGGACAUCCUGGCGAGCUCGCUGUACUAUGUGCUGCUGAAGGGAGAGCAGUAUGCGGGUGUUGUGACUAAUUGGAAGACUUAUCAGAUUGUUUGCCAGGACAUCCUCCACCAUUGGGCUCACCCGUUGUCCAUAGAAACGGGCAGCUUCUACCGGGAUAAGUAUGUGUUCAUGGGAAACCACAACUACAGACACAGAAACUCUAAACUUAGCAGAUCAUGCACAAUCACAGAAGACGUGCUGAUAGGAGAAAACACAGAAAUAAACGACAACACAACUGUAACUAAAUCAGUUAUUGGAAGCAACUGCUCAAUAGGCAAGAAUGUGACUAUCAUUGGCAGCCAUUUACUAGACAAUGUGGUUGUAAAGGACAAUUGUAAGAUAAUUAACAGUUUUAUAGACGAAGAUUGUGUAAUAAACGAGGAUUCGACGUUAGAAGCUGGCACUAUUCUAGCCGCUAAAGUCAAUGUGAAAGCUGGCAGCGAAAUGAAAGGAAAUCUUAUUGAAAACUCGGAAACUGAUUAUGCUACUGAAAAACCCGUCACAAAAUCCACAUCAGAAAGCGGCACGGAAUGGGAGAACUCUUCAACCGGCAGCGAGGCGGACGAGGCGGUCGCCUUCGACGCGGCGUGGAGCGACUCCGCGUCCGGCUACUCCAGCGACAGCAGCGCGCAGUCGUCGCAGGCCGAGCCGGCGCCCGAUGAUACCAACAUUUUCCUACAAGAAGUCAUUGACAGUUUAGCAAGAGGCUAUGAAGAGAAGCUCAAAUGUGACUAUUUGAUAUUAGAAAUCAACUCAUCCAGAUACGCAUACAACAUUCAACUACAUGAAGUGAAUUUCUUCGUUGUGAGAGCACUGUUCAGUUUGCCAGUGCUGACUGAAGCUAAGAAUGUACUCAGCACCAUCAAGGAUAUACUCAAGUUCUUCAGGCCAGUGCUAGCCAAUUACAUCAAGACCAAACCUUCUAUUAUGGAUUGUUUAAGAGCUGUUGAGGACAGUUGCACAAAGUGUGAAUGGCUGGAAGGCAGAGCGGGACAGAUUAUUCACUUGCUGUACGAGAUGGAUGUAGUGGACGAGGACUCUCUUCUGGAGUGGCAGGGAGACCUGAAGGAGGAAGAGAGCCCCAUCGUGGGCCAGGCCUCGCUCGUGAAGUUCUUUGAAUGGCUACAACAAGCCAGUGAGGAGAGUGAAGAAUCAGAUUAGUUUGAGAAGGAAAUUAUGUUGAAAGUUCAGUUAGCAUACCAUUUGUAAAAUGAGGAACUUUUUUAACCAUGCUAGCCAUGUGGAA